UAAUCCAUAUAUUUCACAAUGGAGGAGGGUCGAAAAAAUCCAGAAACCAACUGGAAAAAAACUUUACUUGACAAAUUGGGAUUGUCUGCUCAUAAAAUCGACUUGGACUCGGUGGAUUUGCCUUAUCAGCAGAAGAAGCUGAUAAUGCAGACUUAUUAUACAAAACAUAGAAAGUCCUGGAUGAGCAAGAAGCCCCCAAUUAGAGUCACGGUGAAUCCACCGUCUGCUCACACCGACGAGAAAAUCACCAUCGUUGUCAAAGAUGAGCAUCCGACUCUUUUCAACAUCAAAAUCCAAAACAUCACUCGUGGCAACCUGACACUUCUGCUCUUCGAAAAACUGUAUGAAUGCGACAAUAUAAUUCUAAGAGACAAAAAUAAAUUUUGUUCAGCCGAGGCGGAAAUCGAACUCGAACCAGGGGCUGCAUACAGCAUAAAAUUUUCUGCCCUCUAUCCUGGCAAAGGCUGUUAUGAAGUGCCUGUAUUCCUGCAGUUCGUGUGCAGAGGCAAAGAGAGGAAGAUUGAACAUCAGAUGUUUUUGCUGUGCAUCGACUACCUGCCUGAAGACGUCCCUGAAAUUUCUGCCGAAGCAUUCAAAAACGACGAGGAGUCGAAGAUCGAGAGAAGACGGAAAGCCCCUUCUGUACCCACACCACCUCAUUAUUCGCCUGGGAGAGAAAUAGAAGGUCGUGAGCCUUCCGCGAAUUUCAAAUACCUGUUUCGCUACCCUGAUUAUCUUCGUAAACUGGUGGUAGAAAAUUUUAAUCCAGAAUUUGCAUCGGAGAACUCGCUCAAAGCCUCGUUGCAAAAUCUCGAGGACAUCGGGAAACAAGGCCUCACGCAUAACAACUAUGGCAGAUGGUUUGAGCUGCAGCUAUGGAUUGAAGAAAUUGAAAGGGAAAUCAAUCUCCAGUAUUACCAUCUGGAUGGCGUUGAUAUCGAAGUGAACGAGGGCGAGCAUGGCGAGCGCAUGGCUACUCUGCAUGUGCCUGGGGUGGCAGAAAAGCAUCCAGCAAUCCUAGCAGGAGACUCGGUCUUCGUGAGACUGCCUAGUGAUCAGCAGCCAUCUUGGCCUUACGAAGGAAUUGUUCAUGAUGUGAUAAACGAAACACUUCAUCUGGGUUUCGGUGAAGAGUUCUUUCUCAAGUACUCGGCAGGCAUGAAAGUGAACGUUCAGUUCUGGUUUUGUAGGAGCAUCUUCAUUCGUUGCCAUAAAGUGCUAAAACACUACCAGAAAGUACUUCCAAUUCUGUUUCCAAAGCACAGUACAAGGUUCGAUGAAGCCAAUCUCGUUAGUGUUGACAACUACUUCGAUAAAAACGUGGGAAAGAACCGAAGGCAGAGGCAGGCGGUGGAGGCAAUCGUGAAUCGAGUGAGCGCUCCCGCUCCAUACAUCAUUUUCGGCCCUCCAGGCACCGGCAAAACGUCAACGAUGGUCGAAGCCAUCAAACAAGUCUACACGCGAAACAAAGAUGACAACAUUCUAGUGUGUGGUCCUUCCAACGCCAGUUGUGAUAUACUCACCGAAGGACUUCUAAAACACAUUCCUGCCUCCAAAAUACUAAGAGUGAACGCUUUAUCUCGUUCUCGUGCUGGGAUCGCUAAAAAUGUUUGGAAUGUAAGCUCUCAUGAGGGCAAUUUCAGUUUAAUACCAAGCAUGGACAUGGUACGCUCGUACAACAUCGUCAUCACCACCUACUCAACGGCGUAUUACGUCAUGCCCCUGACACGAGAGAAGAACAACGAAUGCGGCUUUACCUACGUGUUUCUGGACGAGAGUGGCUACACGACGGAGCCUGAAGCACUUAUACCUUUGUUAGCUUUGCCCAAGAUGGUUAUUCUGGCCGGUGAUCCUUACCAGCUUGGGCCAGUAGUGUCAAAUUUGAACCCCCGUAAGAUUUCAUUGUUCAAGGGGUUCCGUAUGGACCAAAGUUUCUUGGGACGCCUCAUGACUAUUGACAUGUACAAGCCUAAAGGAGGCCAGUUCAAUCCUUUGUACAUCACUAAGCUCGUGGAGAACUUCCGUUCACAUAAGAGCCUCCUUGAAAUUCCCAACAGGUGCUUCUAUGAAAACCAACUUAAAGCCCGAGGUGAUAAUCGCAUAACAAACUCGAUGUUGAAGUGGGCCAAGCUGCCAAACCCAAAAAUACCCAUCAUAUUCCAUGGUGUCAAUGGGAGGGAAAAGAGAAAGGCAAACAACCCCAGCUUCUUCAAUGUGUUUGAAAUGGCUCAGGUCGUGGAGUACGUGGAGCAACUCAUGCACGAAAUGAAUAUCGAACCUAAAAAUAUUGGCAUCGUCACUCCCUAUCGAGAGCAAAUGAAAAAGAUUCGUGAGGCUCUUUCAUCGAAAUUCGGACGCGUGACAGAUGAAUUGCGCAUUGGCACACCCGAAGUCUUUCAAGGCGACGAACGCCUCGUUGUCAUCGUAUCCACUGUACGCGCCAACCCUGAGCGACUGAUCACCGACGACUACAUUUCAGCGAAGUUAGGCUUUCUCUCCAACCCCAAGCGCUUCAAUGUGGCCAUCACGCGCGCCCGAGCCCUCCUCGUGGUCAUUGGGUACCCGUGGCUGCUCGAAGAUGACAAAUACUGGGGCAAACUGCUCGAAUUCUGCUGCAAUGAGGGCUGUUACACGGGCAUCCCAUACGACCGUCAUUCUGAUCUCGCUAAUAUCGAGAAAAAAUUUGACCGGCUUCAUAUACCUGUGACAUGACCGACGAUGGGACUACCAUGCCUGGCUCUACAUGGAUACCUUCU